GGGAGACGCGCGGUGUCUCCUCUGUGCGUCUUUUUUUUCGUGUCUUGUCUCGCGGUGUGACGGUGUCUCGUUCCCCCGUGAAAUCCGCGGGCUUUCGGCGCGCGUGCCUACACCGUGCGCGACGAGUCGUCGCGGCGCAAAACUAACAGUGUCACCGGGGCGGCCUCAAUCGCGGGCGUCCGCUCCACCGUUGUGCGCGGACGACACCGAGACGAAAACCACCCGGGUGUGUCCCACUCUCGCCGCGCGCGAGAGGAGAACGACCGAGCGAACGAGCUCCGACGAAACGGAGAAAAGUGCGUACGUGCGCCGCGCGUGUGUGUGGUGUGUGUAUGUGUGUAAUAAGAGUGUGCGUGCGUGUUCGUGUUUCUCUCUACGGCGUCACCGACGGCCGACGGCGGGCAAGAAGGAGCAGCUCGUUGCGUUCGCGCGACUGUUUGCCCGUAUACACUUCGGCAUCGUUUUUCGCGUGUGAGUGCGAGUCGACGGAGGGAACGAGGUUGGUGGAGGAGGAGACGGGUUGGUAGCAGUGUCGGUUCUACGAAGAGCAACUGAGCGAGAAGGAUAUAGAGGGGAAGGGAGAGGCAGGCAGAGAGAGAAAGAGAGAGAGAGAGAGAUAGCGUAGCCCGGGCGACUCGAGCGUGAGACCGAGAGAGCGAACGCAACACGUAGAAAGUGCAGUGCAGACAGAGGUAGAAAGUGAGAAAGAGAGAUAAAAAAAAAGUAUGAUACACCGCGCGGCGUAGGUGUGUGCUUCGCCGGGGCUUAGGAGACGCGGGCGUUGUUUGUUUGUGUACGUUUGUGCGUGUGCGCCGCGACAUUCGUAACGGUCGGCCGAGACGGGCGAACUUCAGGUCGCGGAAGAGCCGCGGGGAAAAAAGUAUACUGGCGUUUCGUCUUUUCGAAUCGUCGCGUUGCGUCUUUGUCGCGCCGGCCGCAAGUAAGACCGGAGUAUUUGUGUGUUUCGGUGUUUACCGGGCGUAACGGAGGCGUCGGAGGAGCGGUGCGCGACAUACAACACACACACACACACACACACACACGGGCGAGAACGGAAGGAGUGGGACCGAACGAAGGGCGCGUACGAGAGAAGGAGAGAACGGCGGUUGGGGGGAGGAGAGGCGCCGACGGGAGCCAGUCGGAGCGAGAAGGAGCGAGAUAGCGACGGGCGACGAACGGCGAAAAGAAACACAAAAAUCGGAGUAAACGGUGUAAUCAGCGGGUCGCACUUGGCGAUUUGGCGAUUUGUCGCGCGUUCGAUCGGGCUGUGUUAUCCGUCGCGGUGCGAGAACAACGAGAGUCCGGGACGAGUUCCUUGGCGGCGGCGGUGGCGGCGGCAGUGCCUCGUCUGUGUGUAUGUGUGUACGUGCGUGAGAACAGGGUCGCGAGGUGAAGCUCGCGGCGAGUAACGACGAGCCGCAGCCGGCGGCGACGAACGGUUGGAUUAUACGCAACGAGAGGAGAUAUCCCGGGGAUCUAAUACGCUUAACGCGGGAGUGAGAGAGGAUACACGGGAGGAACAGCCACACAAGGACGUAGACCCCGCGGAGGAGAUAGAGAGAGAGAGAGGAAGACAGAGUGAGAGACAGAGAGAGAAAGGUGCUCCUCGCCGGUCAUCGUUCGGGUGUAUGCGUGCACGCCUGCCCUCGCCGACACGCGGCAACGAUGAGACAUUGGCAAAGAUGAAACAAUCUCCGGAGAGAAAAGGAUGAAGCUUCUUCAUUUAAAGAUCAGAUUCAGAAUGUCAAAGGAUAGCGCACCGUCAUUUCCUCAACCAAAGGCAAGGAAAUUAAGUCUCGAGUUUAAGAUCGGAAACACGUCGAUCAGCCGAGGCGCGGUUCCGUCGGGAAAUCGAAGGGAAGAACCGCACGCUAGGCUGACUGGGAGGAUCGUUUCGGGGGACAUGGCUUAACUCACGACAAGUGGGAGACAGGUGGAGGAGCUACCAUCCUCGGGUCUCAGGAUUCCGAGAACGCGGAUGGUCGCCGAGAUUUCCUACGACGUUGGAAGUAAUCACGAGUGGUGUCGGGUGGUGUGUUCGUGAUCUAAAGGGGGGGGCUCAGUGGCUGUGAUCGUGGUGUUGUGUCGGGGAUCAGUGUGUCGUCGGUGAAGAGUGGUGAGAGGUAUAUCGGGUUACGAGUCUCAGCUACGCGAGUAAGAAUUAACGACAGGGGCAAGUGUGGUGAGGAGAAAUCAAGGUGGAUAAGGUGUACACGCGAUAACGAAGAAGUGGAAGAAGACGCGAGGAAGAGAGAGAGAAAGAGAGAGGGAGAGAGAGAGAGAGAAGAGAGAUACGGCUGGGAUACAUCGCAAAUUACGUCGAGCGAGAGUAGAAGCGAGAGAGUGAGUGAUGUGUUCGAUGGACGAGGCGCGUCUCGCGGGCGGUGGUCGGGGUAAUGAUAACGCGUGUAGUCACGCGCGCUACCACUACUAUUACUUGGUAUCCAAAGUGAGAAACGGUGGGCAGUCGGUGACCAGGCUGGCGGGCGCCGGGGAAACGUUUCCAAGGGCAUGGCGACCACGCCACUAGGCGGUCGCCUCCCUAACGUAAACCGUAAAGGACCAUCUCCGUGCAUCGGUGGUGGUGGUAUUAGUAGUAAUAAUAGUAAUAGUAACAACAGUGGUGGUAACGGCAGCAGCAACGGCAACAACACCAGCAACGGUAACAGCGGCAACAGCACCAACAACGGCUUAAGUAAUAACAACGUAGUCAGUCAAGGCGGUCAGUCAAGGAGGCAAGAGCGAGCGCUGAUCGGCAGGGAGCACCGCGACCAUCGUCACCAUCACCAUCACCAUCAUCAUCACCAUCAUCACCAUCAUCAUCACCAUCAGAAUCGGGACAAAUCAUCAUUGUCAUCGUCGUCGUCGUCGUCGUCAUCUUCGUCGUCGUCGUCGUCGUCGUCGUCGUCGGGCCAGCAGCGUGAGUCCAAUAAAACAAGCACAGUGGCUGCUAACGCCGGUGAACUGGAUCCGGCCGCGACGAAUGCGACCAAUAACUUUGAGUACGACGACAACGAAUGGGACAUUGGCAUAGGUGACCUGAUAAUCGAUCUUGAUGCGGACAUUGAGAAGACGAGGGACGAGAAAUUGAGCUCGGGGACAGGCAUGGCUUCUACGCCUGCCUCGGCAGCAUCGGCACCGAAUAACGCGAAUCAUCAUCAGUUACAAAACUCAGCAAGUGGUCUCAACUCAAACUCCUCGUCCUCGUCCGUCCCGUCGACUGGCACGAACGCCGGAGGUCAAUCGUCGUCGUCGUCGUCGUCGUCGUCGUCGUCCUCGUCAUCGUCGUUGUCGUCGUCCUCUUCGUCAUCCUCAUCCUCAUCGUCCUCCUCUUGCGGCGUGAAUUCAACGCGUUCCAACAGUCCCGGCAGCGGCAGCGGCAGCGCGAACGGCACCGGCAGCGCGAACGGCGCCGGUAACGCCGCGAACGGUACCGCAUCCGUAGUCACCGGUAAUAAGCAAGCGUCGGGUGUGAACGUGAGCGGCGUAAACGCCGUCCACGCUAACGCCGGUAAUCCCGGCAAGAUGGCCGUUGAACAUUCGGCCACCGUCGACAAGGGCCUCAAGAUGAAGAUCAAGCGAACGAAGCCCGGCACCAAGACCAGCGAAGCCAAACACGAGAUCGUUAAGUCGAACGAGAUCAACGGUACCGUCUCGUCGCAGGACUCGAACAACGGCACCGCUGCCUCCUCGACCUCCUCGUCCUCGGCCGUCGGCUCGACGUCCGCGUCGGCCGCGGUCGCACAGAACUCGCAAAAUUCGGAAUGCGGCGCGGCCGGCGGCGGUCAGUCGUCUUCGUCGAAUAAGUCCAAGCCGAGUCACUCGCCGGCGUCCGCUGGCGGCACCGGUGCCACGCCCUCGUCCACCGCCGGCUCGAAACGCGGCUCGAGCGGCCAUCGGCGCGACAAGGCGCGGGACAAGCACGAAAAACCGCAGAGCAAUCACACGCCCCAGCAAACGAAACCGGAGAUGAACGGUACCGCGCGACCGACGCCGCAGGGUCAAAAUUCGGCCGGUGGUGCGACGCAGUCUCAGGGCCCAACGCCGGCCGCCACGGCGCCACAACAGACCCAGGGACCACCGCCCAGUUCGAGGACAGGUUUCUCCGUGUCACAAGGCCCCGGGCCACCCGCGACCAGUGCGGCGGCACCCUGUCCGCCACCGAGUCCGGCGAGCGCCACGGCGGCCGGCGCGGCGGCCAAACCGGAACAGACCAAGGUCGCCGCGGUGCCGGGUCCACCGCUCACGACACCCGCUGAGGAAGCAAUGGAUACCGCCGCUAGUCCUCCGCCUGCGAAAAAAAUGAAGACGGAACCAAAGGACAUGUCCGACGUAUGCGUUGGGACCAGCGUGGGGACCAUUACGGAACCGGAGUGUUUGGGGCCCUGCGAGCCCGGUACCUCCGUCACCCUCGAGGGCAUCGUUUGGCACGAGACCGAAGGAGGUGUACUAGUGGUAAAUGUUACGUGGAGGGGUAAGACGUACGUCGGGACAUUGUUGGACUGCACACGUCAUGACUGGGCGCCACCACGUUUCUGUGACUCGCCAACUAGCGAUCUGGAUGCCCGCACGCCUAAGGGCCGCGGUAAGCGCGGCCGCGCCGCGGCCAACUCCACUCCCGGCAACGACCUGAGCAAUUUCACGGAGACGAGGAGUUCCGUGCACAGUAAACUGCGCAACGGCGGCAAGGGUCGUCGGGGCGCACAGGGUUCGCCUGCGGCUAGUCCGAGCCCAGCGGCAUUCGUGCCGCCACGACCGGAUCCGGCAGCGAAGCGGAAGUCGCGCGGACCCGAGGAGGAACAGGACAAGAACAAGCGACGGGCGCCGCCACCGACGCCACCCAGCGGUUCACCACCUGCUAGUCCAGUAUUGCUCGAAUGUCCCGAGCCGAACUGCAAGCCACGCGCAUGGCUCCGCCGACGACGAUGA